AAGGUUUGUUUCAAAAUAGAAAUGACUUUGUUUCUAUCCUCGGAACCAAAAAUGGCACUACCAGCAACUGCAAUAUUGGCGCCAGCUUUGGCUACUUGCUCAAUAGUAUUGGGUGCGAUUCCUCCAUCUACUUCAAUAUUCAAUUCUGGAAAUCGUUUUCGAAGAAAGGCUACUUUGGAUACUGUUUCUGGUAUAAACUUUUGUCCUCCAAAACCAGGCUCUACUGUCAUGACCAACACCAUAUCCACCCAACCAGCCGAUAGAUAAGGCUCUAAUGCUUGCCAAGGUGUAUUCGGUUUGAUAGAAAUACCCACUUUCAUACCACAACGCCGAAUAUCUUUACAAAGUGCAAUCACCUUCUCCGAAGCUCUAGUCCAGUUCUGGGGAUCGGGUUCUACAGCUUCCAAAUGGAAAGUAUAACCAGAAGCUCCAACACUGCUCAAUACUUGGACCCACUUCAUUGGAUCCAUUACCAUCAAGUGACAGUCGAAAUAAGCACUGGUGUGAUUUCUUAGACUUUUGACAACUGGAGGACCAAUAGUCAAGUUGUCUACAAAGUUUCCAUCCAUAAUAUCCACGUGAAGCCAAUCUGCUCCAGCAUCUAGUACUUGUUUACACUCUUCUGCAAGUCUUGCAAAGUCAGCUGAUAAUAUGGAAGGUGCUACAAUAGGUUGUAAAACAGACAUGUGGGAUUUCAUAUAAAAAUAAUUCAACAAGAACAAAUAUAAAGUGGAAGAGUCAAGAUUCCAUAGAGAUAAUAUUUAUAUAAUAAUAAAUAGAAAAUAAGCACU